AUGAGUCGCCAGAAGAUAUCCUGGUCCAUGAUCGAAGAAUCGAGUGGUUCGUGGUACAUCUGUAAAGAGUCAAGUUCGAUAGCUUUGGGUCGGAAGAAGAAGCUCUUCGUAUUUCUGAGGAAAUUCGAGGAACUAUCGACCGUUCUCGAAAAUACAUCAGUCAAUGAGUGGAGAUGGGUUCCGUCGGAGUCUAACGCAGCAGAUGAGGCAACAAAGUGGGGAAGUGGACCCUACUUCAGUAGCGACAGCAAGUGGUUCAACGGACCGGAGUUCUUGCGCUUCCCGGAACAUGAAUGGCCGAAUUCUACGGAUUUAGUCGUGGAUACGGCCGUAGAAGUUCGAUCAUCAGUACUCUUUCACACCACUUGGGAACCUGUGAUCGCCUACGAGCGGUUCUCUAAAUGGGAGAGGUUGCAGCGUAGUAUCAUAGAGCCGGAUUGCAGCGGCGAAGGAUAUUCAUCACAGCGUGCGCUUUCCAGUAAUCCUGCCAAGAAAGCAUCGGUGCACGGAACUUCUGGUCUCACGCUAUCAUCGGCUCUACCGUCAUGCAAACUCCGAAAUGGUAGUGAACGAAGUCCGCCAGCUGUUCAUCAUACCGAAAAGCAGAUCGGACGAAGCUGCCAAUUCUGCAAAAUUCGUAAGGCACCUCCGAUGGCACCACUGCCACCAGCACGGUUGGCCAUACACGACCGUCCAUUCAGUUACGUAGGAGUGGACUACUUCGGCCCAUUGUUAGUCAAGCAGGGCCGCUUGAAUGUAAAAAGGUGGAUUGCGCUCUUCACUUGCUUGACUGUGCGCGCCGUUCACCUCGAAGUGGCAUACAGCCUGUCAGCUGCGUCGUGUAUUUCCUGCAUCCGACGAUUUGUCUGCCGCCGAGGAUCGCCUGUGGAGUUUUUCAGUGAUAACGCUACGAACUUCCACGGGGCUGAACGACAGCUUCGUGGCCAGAUCGACGAAGGAGUAUCAGCAACGUUCACCAGUGCCAACACGAAGUGGACCUUCAUUCCGCCAAGCGCUCCGCACAUGGGCGGUGCAUGGGAGCGACUCGUCCGUUCAGUGAAGGCGGCGAUAGGGGAUGCGUACCGCGAAGGAAAACUCAACGAUGAAGAGCUGCAGACCGUGAUCGUGGAGGCAGAGGGCAUUGUGAAUACUAGACCAGUCACGUACUUACCACUUGAUUCUGCGGAAUCUGAAUCGCUUACUCCGAACCAUUUCCUGCUGGGGAGCUCUAACGGGGUCAAACAGCCAAGCGUGUGUAUCGAGCCUCAACAGGGGAUUUCUCGGGACUUGUGGAACCACAUCCAGCGGCAGCUCAACCGAUUCUGGCAACGCUGGCUGAAGGAGUACUUGCCGGUGAUAAGGAGGCAGACCAAGUGGUACGAUGAAGUCCGGUGCGUGCAAGAUGGAGACUUGGUGUUGAUAGCGAAUGAGGGCAAGCGGAAUGGCUGGACUCGCGGGAUCGUGAUUGAGUCGAUCAGAGCACCGGAUGGUCACGUGCGCCAGGCUAUGAUCAAGACUGCGGGGGGAGUUCUUCGUCGGCCGGUAUCGAAACUGGUGGUACUCUAUGUUUCAAGUAGCAGUGCGGUCAUUGAGGCCAGUGGACCGCACUCGGGUUAG